CCGUUUUCUUGGGUUUGCAGCUGGAUCAGCUGGAUGAACGCGCGACUGCGCAGCAGCAAUAGUCUUGAGGGAAAAAAAUCUACUGAUUGUUAUUGGGAAUUUUUCUCUAAAAACGUUGGAUUAUACGCCUGAUUUUUCAUACAAGUUUAUACUUAAAGUAAUUCGAUUUCUGCUUUUCUAUUUUUUUAUGUUCUUCUGUGAGUCUAAACUUCGGACGAUUUGGAUAAAAAUAUUAAAAACAUCUGUUUGGGGAUUAUAUUCGCUUAGCACCCCGUCUUGGAUCACCUGUACAGGCGGCAGUGUGUGUACUGAAUCAGUGUCAGCAUCAGACUUCAGCUGGACAGACAAGCCUCCGGUGCCAACGCCUUUUCUGCCUCUCUCUCGGCUGGAAAACUUCAGCUCACACCGACCAAGGGCUCGUUUGACGGCGUUUCCCUUCGACUCAUGAGCUGCUGAAACUACAAUCCGACACUAAAGAAGUAGUUUGAGAGUGAAAAUGGGCUGCACGAUCAGCGCCGAGGACAAAGCUGCGGUGGAGAGGAGUAAAAUGAUUGAUAAAAACCUGCGGGAAGACAGAGAGAAAUCCUCCAGAGAAGUGAAACUGCUUCUGCUCGGUGCCGGGGAAUCUGGGAAAAGCACAAUAGUAAAGCAGAUGAAAAUUAUUCAUGAAGAUGGCUACUCAGAAGAGGAGUGCAAGCAGUACAAAGUGGUGGUGUACAGCAACACCAUCCAGUCCAUCAUGGCCAUCAUCAGGGCGAUGGGCCGGUUAAAGAUAGAUUUUGGGACACCUGCACGGGCGGACGAUGCUCGCCAGCUGUUUGUUCUGGCGAGCUCAGCUGAGGAAGGGGUAAUGUCGGCAGAGCUGACCGGCGUGAUUCAGAGACUGUGGAGAGAUGGCGGAGUUCAGACCUGCUUUGAUCGAUCACGAGAGUAUCAGCUCAACGACUCUGCUGCAUACUACCUGAAUGACCUGGACAGAAUCUGUCAGCCUGACUACAUCCCAUCUCAGCAGGAUGUGCUACGUACACGUGUAAAGACCACUGGCAUCGUGGAAACUCACUUCACCUUCAAAGAUCUCUACUUCAAGAUGUUUGAUGUUGGGGGUCAGCGCUCAGAGAGGAAGAAGUGGAUCCAUUGCUUUGAGGGAGUCACAUCUAUCAUUUUCUGCGUAGCACUCAGUGACUAUGACCUCGUCUUGGCUGAGGAUGAGGAGAUGAACCGGAUGCAUGAGAGCAUGAAGCUUUUUGACUCCAUCUGCAACAACAAGUGGUUCACACUUACCUCCAUCAUCCUCUUCCUCAACAAGAAGGACUUGUUUGAAGAGAAGAUCAACAGGAGUCCGCUCACUAUCUGCUACCCCGAUUACCCUGGUGGGCACUCAUACGAUGAGACUGCAGCCUAUAUCCAGUGCCAGUUUGAAGACUUAAACAAACGAAAGAACACCAAGGAGAUCUAUACCCAUUUCACCUGUGCCACGGACACAAAGAAUGUGCAGUUUGUGUUUGACGCUGUCACUGACAUCAUCAUCAAGAUCAACCUGACUGAGAUCGGGCUCUACUAAAGCUUCAGGCCCUGCAGGUGUCUGGAGCAGAAUCAGGACUUCUGGGCGGGUAUGUCUUGUUUUCAGAGGGUGAAUUGGAAAGUAGGUGUUACUAAGGACUGAGCUCGUGGCCACACAGCAUGCCGGACCUAAAUUCCACAAUUUGGGGACUUGAUACUACAAUUGCUUUUGUCUUAAUAGAUGUUACGAUGCAGAGCAUACUGGGAGGAAGUGAUAAGUGUGGAAGGCUUGUGAAAUUAUCACUGUGAGAUCUGUGGAGUCCUGUCAUAUUUACAGUAAGACCUUUGCAUCAUUCGGGGGCUGGCAGGAAAAGCCCCUCUGAUGUCUCUGACACAUUUAUACUUUGUCUGUAAUAUGUACAAGGACCAAAACAAAUCCAUCACUGCAUUUCCCAGUUUCACAGCUGUUCUGUAAAUUCGGUUCACUUUUUCUGUUGCAUCUUUUCUUAGCCUCUCUUAGCUUCUCACUUUUAUUGGAAUAAUUGCAUUUGAUUUUUGAGUUGCAGUUGUAUAGUAUUUCCACUUCUGGAUGUGUGAACGCAGUAACGUAUGUAUGGAGACAAGGUUUUGUUUGUGAGCAGUUUUGAUGUAUAUAACGUAACCUUUUGGGUCGGGGAUUAGUUAGCAAGCGUGUACUCUGUAGCAACACAGCUGUCUACACAGUUAAUUAUUAACUAGACAAGAUUGUAUUGAACAGUAUUUUUAUACAUGAAAAAUAUCACUGCAAAUCAAUUUUUAAAGGGAGAUCUUGAUUUCCCUGUGGGUUUUUAAAUAGUUUUAGAGUUUGGAAUAUGACUAAUAUUAUUCAAUAAGUGGAGGUCAAUAUAGAAUAUCCUUUUUUUUCAAGGUACAUUUUUUUAAUCCUAUGGAUAUCAGUGAAGAUAAAUGAACACAAUAAACAUAAAGUGGGAUAGUUUGAAAUAGCCAGAUGCUUUUUUUGCUUUUUCUUUGGUUGAAGCCAUCACAUAAUACUACCACUACUACUGCUACUACUACUACUACUUAUGAUAAUAAUAAUGAUAAGUCUAUAUAUAUCUGACAUACAGAGUCCUGUAGUGGAGCACAGUUACUUCCUGCACAGAGAAAACAUCCCUGAAGGUUCAAGUCUAGCUUUCUGUAGAUUGCAUUGAAGUUGUAUUGUUUUUUUAACAUCAUUAAAUGAUGGCACAAA